AAGAAGAAGGAAGAGGAGGAGGAGGAGGAGGAGGAGGAAGAGGAGGAAGAGGAGGAGGAGGAGAAGAAGGAAGAGGAGGAGGAGGAAGUGGUGGAGGAGAAGGAAGAGGAGGAGGUGGUGGGGCAGGAGGAGGAGGAGGAGGUGCUGGGGCAGGAGGAGGAGGAGGAGGAUUUCGAUUACACUGGGUGUAACAGACUACUGUAA